AAGGACGGGCCUUACGGACACUAAAAAUGGUACUAGUUCAGUGGUGUCACUCACAAAUACAAGCCAAUCGUGCAGUCUAACGCAACUAAGCUCAGUCCCUAGAUAUCUAUGUCAAUGUUGACUUCACCAAUAAUGCAUACGUUUAUUACCUUUACUUCUUAACUCGAUCGUACCCAGACAUUCUUAUGGCUACAACUGUCAUAAGUACUUCAAUCUGUGCGCGUGUGAUGAAACUGUGGUUUGCUGGGCGGCUGGCAGCAUCGUCACGUUUAUGGACGUCGAAACUAAGCAGACCUGGUUCCGAAGGAGCACUACUGGCGGCUCUAUUGGACAUAUGACCAGUUACAGAACGGACCCCAACUACCGACUAGCCAUAGCCGAGGGCAGGGAGGGCGACCGCGAGCCUCUGAUCCUGCUGUACUUCUGGCCGCAGAUGGAGAUCGACGCCGUCCUACGCGACGGCACCACUAAUGCAUACUCUAUACUUGACUUUAGUCCCGACGGUGAACUCCUAGCGUCAGUAGGCAAGGAACCGGACUACAACAUUACGAUAUGGAACUGGAAGCGACACAAAAUUAUGCUGCGAACGAGCGCGUUCACUUUCGACGUGAAUGCUGUCAUGUUCUCACCAUAUUGCCCGGGACAGCUGACCACUGCAGGUGCUGCACACAUAAAAUUUUGGAAAAUGGCUCGCACAUUUACCGGGCUAAAGUUGAAGGGAGAACUUGGUAGGUUCGGUAAAACUGAGAUUUGCGACGUGCUGGGCGUAUAUCCUAUGCCCGAUGAGAAGGUACUCUCGGGCUGCGAGUGGGGCAACGUGCUGGUCUGGGAGGCUGGGCUCGUCAAAGUAGAAGUGACUCAACGUGGCAGAAAAACGUGUCACAAUGGACCAAUCAUCCAAUUUAUGUUAAGUCCAGAAGGCGCCGAAGUAACCACUAUAGCUCGCGACGGUUGCAUCCGCGCGUGGUACUGGGACACUGUGGAGCAGUCAGACCCACCUGAAGACGACCCUUUCGUGGAGCUCAACCCCGUAGCGGAAACUUGCGUGCCUGGGUGCCAAAUAAUGUGUCUAAAACAACAGAAAGGCUUUUAUUGGUAUGCUCAAGACGGCAACGGCGGCGUAUGGUGUGUGGACACAGAAAUCGACAAGAUAGAAUGCGCCCACCGAAAGGUAUACACGAGUCAUGCGGGAGGCGUCGUGGCUAUGGCGCCGCUCCGUGGUCACCCUGUUCUUGUGACGGCUGGGGAAGAUGGCGCCCUACACGCCUACAGCACGGAGAGCCAUACUCUGCUAGCCAGAUACGUCUUUCUAAAGCCUGUGACCUGCAUGUUCUAUCCUCCCGUCGAUGUAGACCCAACAUCCCGAAUAAUCAUGCUGGGUUUCGAAGACGGUAUCAUGCGCACGCUGCUGAUGCACCCGGAGAGAUUGGAGUCAGUCACCAGCCAGAUCAAUAUAAACGUGCAUUCCUCUCUCACCAUCCAUAGUGACACCUCGCUGCACCCUGACGUCAUCGACUUGAUCUCGCUGCUAAAGCCACAUUCGAAAGCCAUAAACCAAAUAUCGAUAAACAACCAGCGGACGUUGUUGGUGACUUGCUCUAAGGACGAGACUAUAUUUAUGUACAAACUCAAUCUGGGCACGCCAUUCACUCUGGAAAGACUGGGGCUCAUCAACACACCGAACAAUAUUGUGUAUAUGACUUGGAAACCGGAAGAGGAAUACGUGCUGCUGCUUUGCGGUCAAGUGGGAUUUAUUAUGGAAGCUGUGCUUCCACAGGUCGAAGUGCGAAAAUACACAGAAAUUACCACAUUCAAACUGGAUUUUGUUUCCUAUAAGGAGAUUCUCGUGAAGAAACAAUAUAUGCGCCAUCGCCCUUUCCCCGAGGAAGAAGAUCUAGCCAGCAUCGACGAAGAGGCUCUGAAGGCUAAGGAAGAAGCCGCAGCCACCAAGGACGACGAAGAGGAAGAGUGGAUUGGGGAAAUACAGCUAAUGGAAAGCGAAAGCAUGCUAGGAACCACGAUCACCUGGGCCGAGUACUGCGACGAAGGUAUAUGGGUAGUUCAGAAAGGGACCGGUGCGUUGUUGCUGGUGAAGCCUGGUGCGAACAAGAUCCUAAAAUACGGCCCUAUACCAGGCGCCUGGUGUGACGACAUUACGGCGUUGCAGUUUGUCUGCGAUAAUCGUUACUUGAUAAUAGGAACAAAUACAGGCUACGUUCGAGUACUAAGAAUGCCCACAGAGGAGGAAGAUUCAGAGGAGCAUCAUUACAUGAAAUGGAUCACCGCUAUGCAGAGACUGCUUAAGGAACUCAAAGGCAGGCGUUUGGCUAAAGAAGAGCAACAACCCACGCCACGCAUCGACUUUAUAGAUCAUUACUAUCUGCCGAUGCAUGAUCGGUACACUGGAGCCAUCACCUGUCUGGCCUUUAGUUCGGAUGGAAAACGAUUUUAUACUUGCGGUGCUGAUGGCAAUAUUUUCUCCUACAUCAUCAACUUCUCCGAACCACUGUUGCCAGAACUAGAACUACCACCUGUUCCAGAGAUGCCGAAAACCGAGAAAGUAAAGGAGCCAAGCACCAUCGACGGUGAACUGAUGUCGCAUGAGCAGCUGAAGCAGAAAGAGGAAUACGACAAGAUGAUGGCGAUCGCCAACGCACACAAGAAACGAGUGCGGGGCCAGCUGGCUGAACUCGCGUUUGAGUACAGCAAGCUCAUCAAGUCUAACAAGCUCCUACCAGUAUCACAACAAAUCGACGUCACUCUGGACCCGAGGCCCCUAGUGGUGCAGGAGAACGAAUUAGAAGCGGCUAAAGCCCUAACCAUCAGAAAACUGGCGCACCAACUAGAAGCUUCGGACCUGGGUUAUAAGAAGAUGCACUCACGGAAUAUCAUACAGUUGGACGUCUUUCCUUUUAUUUUAAAGGCCAUCAGAGACCCUGAAGUCAUUAUAAGACCGCUGAGGCAGAAGAAUUUGUCUGGAGAUUUUUACGCGCAACUCGAUGAAGUCUAUAAGAUGAUGGCUGAAGCUGCUUUGCGAGGGAGGAAUCAGAACGUUUUGGAACUCGAUGACUCAAAACCGAUGCGAACAGAAUCAGUAUCCCGCCGCGCUCCUCCCCGCCGGAUGUCGAUGGCAAAGCCUAGACUGGCUUCUUUUCUUCUUGGAUUGCCUCCAAAAUACCCGCAUCCACUGAAGAAAGCGCUACGCAACUACCACCAGCGCUUGAACAGACAUCACCUUCAGUUUAUCGAAUGGCAAACCCAUCUUUCCCGCAAGCCCGAUCCAAACGCCAUGCCCCCAGGGGCAGAAGCUGCUCUCAAGGAAGCGGAGGCAACAAUCGGCAACCGAGUGCUGAAGACUCAUCCCGACUAUGUGGCGCCUCCGGGACAUAACACUCAGUUGCGCGUAUGCCUGCUUAGAAAAGAGAUAUACGACACCAAGCACGCGUUCAACGAAAAAGUGGUAGAGCUGCGUAAUCACAAGGUCCAUCUUGUGAAUUACAUGACGAAAAUCGGCGAGCGGCUGGCUGAAAUACGACUCGAAAUCCCACCGAAAAUGGUGCGCCCUCCACCCGCGAUUCCCACUAUUGAUGAAGAGCUGGAAUUCCCAGAGAAGAAUUUAGAGGUAAAACCAGAGGUAAAACUCUCCACAGCCAGAGAAAGGACCAGGUCUAGAGCUCCGUCAAAAGGUCCCUCCUUGACCUACCCGCAACCUCGAAUUCGUCAGCCAAGAGUUGCCAGAUUCAUUCCUCUUGCCGAAACGCGCCCUCUCGCAGCAUCUUGGGAAAUUUUCAAACCAAGACAAGAUAUGGAAUCUACACCGAUGGAGGUGGAAAUAAGGGAAAGGCGCAUCGAAAGGCACCUGUACGAGCAAGACAUGCUGCUCGCAGACGCAGAGGCGGCGGUCCAGAAGUUCGACUCCCGACUGAGGCAGCUGCAGCGCGAACGAAUCAGGGUCCAGGAGAAGAAUCAACUCCUGGAACUGACGUUGUGUCAGCUCCACAGGGAGAUGAAUGUGCUCAACCGGUUUGAGGCUCAUGAGGAUAGGUUGGCUGAGAGGGUCUACGUUAAACUGAUGCAGGUACGUGCCGUCCAAGAAAUGAUAAAGGAUUGCGAGCUACGUAUAGAAGAGCAUUUUGCCGAGAAAGAGAACCUAGAUGCACUCUGCCAAGAGUUACAGAGGCAGUUCAAGAAACUGGUAGCGGAUAAUAAAUUCGCAGACUUUCUGAGGAGAAUCUUUAAGAAGAAGUACCGUCCGCCGCGGGAAAGGGGUGAAGAUGAGUCCGAAUCGGAAUCUGAGUCCUCAUCUUCAAGCGAGGAUGAAGACGAGGGCAGUUUGGACAGCCGCGACAUCGGACCCAUACGGCUGGACCCCAACGUGUGCCCCGAGGGCUGCGACCCAGAGAUCUACGAGAAGACCUAUGAACUGAGGACCACUAGACAUAGACAUGAACAAGACAUGAUAGAGCAGGACCACUUAGUGGAUUUGCUGCGAAAGGACAUCGACGCCCACAACAAAGUGAAGCGCAAGCUGACUGUGCAGCUAGAUAAAAGGAAGAGCGAACUGAGAGAGUUUAUGUUGGAAAAACAAAGCUGCUUGAACGUAAUCGACCAAGUGGUGAUUCUCCGCUACGACCAGAUCAGAGCUUCGGCUCUACGCGGCUGCUCGACUCCCGAGGGCCUGGCCAAUACUGUCGUGUUCCCCGAAGCCGUUCUCAUGAGGUUGAGGAACAGGGUCCUGGAACUGCAAGAGGAGAUCAGGCUGCAGAAGCUGAGGCAGAAAAUAAAUCGCACACAUCUAUUCCGCAUGAACAUCGACAUGAAAGCAAUGGAGGCGCAAGCUGAAGAGAUGAGGGCCGAGAUGCGCGAAGUACUGACACACAAAUUGGGGAAGCCGCGCAAAGUGGACAAGACGCUAGACGACCUGCUGCGCCAGAUGGCCAGGAGGCACAAGUUUAAUGCCUCGAUGGGGGUUAUCACUCAGGUUCUGCAGCAGCUGAGGAAUUGGAGGGACCGUCACAGCAACAUGGAGAAAAAUUAUCUAACGGCGAUGAACGAAUACUCGACGCGUCUCCGAGAGGCGGCAGCGUUGCAGUGCAACGUGUCGACCCAAAAGCCGCCGCGGGGUGCCGGUGAGAUGGCCGGUGACUAUGAGCCUGAGGUGUACCGGCGCGAUGUGGUGCGUUUGCGCAUAGUGCGCGCGCAGCAGCUCGAACAAAUCCAGACACUCCGCGCUGAGGUCCAUUCUCUGCGCCUGAAGCCGUUGUCUCCGCGCCCGCCUCUGCCGUCCGGCGCCCCUCCGCCGGACAGACGCGAACACAUCUACCUGUUCAUGGCGCCCCGAGCUAUGGCCACACCUAGGAGGAAGUACUUCCCCAUAGAUAUAUCGACCUCAUCAGCAACACCCUACGACGUGAACAUCAUGAUGCUUCUUUACGACGCGCUGGACUCGCUGCACUCGUCCAGAGACAAUUCCAUGCAGCUGAUGCAGGAGCUGACUGCCGUGCUGCCCCAAGUGCUGUCAGGAGCCAAAUCUCGCUUCGAAGUGGUAGACAUGAUGGUGAAGAGAUGGCUUUCAAAACAUGGAGGCGACCCAAAGCAGUACAAGAAGCAGGUCCGUGCCUACGACGCCCUUGCCGCAUUGGCCGACAAACUGCUGCGUCAACAUGUGGAGACGUUAGAAGGGAGUAGCGGUCUUAAAGUGAUGAGCGAGCUCGAAGACGCGCUGAAAGAGGUCUCGGGCGAACAACUGCAGCCGUUGCGACAGCGGCUCGGGCCCGCGCUAGCCGCGCUCUUUCAUGCAAGUGAUGAUAUCGCUGAUAUAGCUACUAAUGAAACCAUGGCGUCCCUCGUCAAGGCUCUGACGGGAGACGGCCAACCGCUCACCGCGGCGUCCAUAGACCAGAUAGAAAUAUCUGAAGUGGUUGCGGAUAUCAAAGAUUGCGGCGUGGAAGCCCCCGAUGAGCAAAUAGAAGGUGUGGUGGAGAUGGCCAGGGAUUGCUUGAAGGCGCAACUUCUCUCGGAAGACGAGGCCAAGUCGUUGGAAGAGGAAGUCGAGAAGGCGCUGAAAGAAUCCCGAGCCUCCAGCGCCUCUAGCAGAGUCAGCGUCACCACGGACCGCUCUACGCACAGCCGCGUGGGCACCCGCACAUCGCUCAGCGAGCCCGGCUCGGGUGACCACAGCGCUUCGGCCGCGGAGAGCGGGCACAGUCUGCGGAGCCGCGCGCCGAGUGAAAGCAGCAAGACUAGCAAACGGGUCACAAUGCCUAGCGGUGAUGCUUCUGAGGCUGGGGAUUCAGAUCAUGAUCAAUUGUAAUGGGCUUAGAUGGGAUACGUAUGUUGUAUUGUUUAGCAGGUAGUUUAACUAUUUAAAACUUUUGGCACAUUUAUUUGCCUAUAUUAUGUCACUGUGUUCUACUUUUAAUUAAAAUGUUUAA